AAAAUGACCCAGCGUCGCUUGAUGGCACAGCUGAACGGGCCCGAGUAUUCGUCUGCUAAACGCCCGGAUGUCAAAGCUGAAACAAGCAGACCCGAUUCAUAUGUAAGAAUGGCCGGUCUAAGAGGCUUUAUCCUUGCUUUCCAGUAUAAAUUCUCCUUGGAUCGGUGUCUUGGAUCACUGAACUCCCCAAACCUCAUCCCUCAAAAGUGCAACUCGAACCCA